CCGCGCGCACCGCCCGGCUGGAGGGCGUGGCCGGGCCGCGCUGAUGUAAUCCCGCGCCUGGGCGGAAGGAUAUGGAACGCGGCCUGGUUGGCGGGGCUCUGAGGCCAGUUGCCAGGUAACGGAGAGGAGCGGCCGCGCAGCACCGCCUCUUGCCCUCCGCCGAGUGGCGCCGGGGCCGCCGCUGCUUUACGUCAGGCGCAAGCCAGGGCCGUCCGGCGCUCGGCAGCCGCCCGCAGCCCCGAGCGCGAGCUGAGGCGCCCGCCCGCGGUGCCCGGCAGCCUCGUCAGGUUCUGCCCAAGUCUUACAUUUGGCUUCAAUGUGAAAUGAAAGCAGAAGGUUCCAUCCGCACGUGCGCUGAUGUCUGGAUGCUGAUGUGCUGGCCAUGCCUAGAGAGGGAAGCUCUGUCCUAGACAGCUGACUGUGGCCUGGUCAGCACUCCUCCUCCAUGUCCAGCACCCCCUGCCGCUGCUGGAGUGAAGAACCCCUCCGCACUGCACCAGGACCUGCGCUGUGGGAAGCGCCCUGCCCGCUGAGGAUGCCCGCCACCUAACUUCAUGCACCUGUCUGUGCCCUCACCGUGGGUGCUUCGCCAUCUGAGAGCUCCUCGAGUUCUUGUCCAGACCUUGCGUCUGCUUCUGACAUGUCUCUGCUUCAUGCUUUGGGCCCAGUGCAGACCUGGCUGGGACAAGAGCUGGAGAAAUGUGGCAUUGAUGCCAUGAUCUAUACGCGCUAUGUCCUCAGUCUUCUGCUACAUGACAGCUAUGACUAUGACCUGCAGGAACAGGAGAAUGACAUCUUCCUGGGCUGGGAGAAAGGAGCUUACAAGAAGUGGGGAAAGAGUAAAAAGAAGUGUUCAGAUCUAACUCUGGAGGAGAUGAAAAAGCAGGCUGCUGUCCAGUGUCUUCGGUCUGCUUCUGAUGAAAGCUCUGGAAUCGAGACCUUGGUGGAGGAGCUCUGCUGCAGACUGAAAGACCUGCAGAGCGAGCAAGAAGAGAAGAUUCACAAAAAGUUGGAGGGGUCUCCCUCUCCAGAGGCCGAAUUAUCCCCCCCAGCAAAGGAUCAAGUGGAGAUGUACUAUGAAGCAUUUCCACCGCUUUCUGAGAAACCAGUUUGCCUGCAGGAAAUCAUGACCGUGUGGAACAAGUCCAAGGCCUGUUCUUACUCCAGCUCCUCUUCGUCAUCUACAGCGCCCCCAGCGAGCACAGACACAUCUUCUCCCAAGGACUGCAACAGCGAGAGUGAAGUCAUCAAGGAAAGAAACACCAUGCACGAGAAAGCCCAGAGCAGAAGCAGACAUGAGAAGGAGAACAAACUGAGCAACAGCAAUGUGGAAGAAAAGCCCACCUCACACAAAAAGCAGAUCCGACACAAACUGGAAGGGAAGAUGCGCCCUCGCUCCUGGUCUUCCGGCUCUAGUGAAGGAGGCUCAAGUUCAAGCGGUAAUCAGGGAGAAGCCAAAGCAUCCAUGAAGUAUAUUAAAGUCAGACACAAGGCGCGAGACAUUCGAAACAAGAAAGGGCGGAACGGGCAAAGCAGGCUGUCCCUGAAGCACGGGGAGAAGGCAGAGAGGAGCAUGCAUGCAGGCAGCGGCGGUGGUGGCAGCAGCAGCAGCAGCGGGUCCAUCAGGCAGCUGUGCAAGCGGGGUAAGCGGCCAGUCAAGGAGGCAGGGAGAAAAGAUCCCGGGAGCACUGGAGGGAAGGAGCUGUACGCAGAGAGCAGGAACAACAAGGAGUACAAAGAGGAGCCGUUGUGGUACACCGAACCAAUUGCUGAAUAUUUUGUUCCUUUAAGCAGAAAAAGUAAAUUAGAGACCACAUACCGGAACAGACAAGACACGAGUGCUCUGACACCAGAGGCAGUGGAAGACUUGACUGAGUCAGUGCAUGGUCUUUGUAUCAGCAACAAUAAUACUCACAAAACAUACCUCGCAGCAGGUACUUUCAUUGAUGGUCAUUUUGUAGAAAUGCCUGCGGUUAUAAAUGAGGAUAUCGACCUCACUGGGACCUCAUUAUGUUCUCUGCCAGAGGACAACACAUACCUAGAUGAUAUUCAUCUGUCAGAACUAACACACUUCUACGAAGUGGAUAUUGAUCAAUCCAUGUUGGAUCCUGGUGCCUCAGAAACCAUGCAAGGAGAAAGUCGGAUCUUGAAUAUGAUUCGACAAAAAAGCAAAGAGAAUACAGAUUUUGAGGCAGAAUGUUGCAUAGUGUUAGAUGGCAUGGAGUUGCAAGGGGAACGUGCAAUAUGGACAGAUUCGACCAGCUCGGUGGGUGCUGAGGGCCUGUUCCUGCAAGACCUCGGCAACCUGGCGCAGUUUUGGGAGUGCUGCUCGUCCAGCUCUGGCGACGCCGAUGGAGAGAGCUUUGGAGGAGACUCUCCAGGCAGGCUCUCUCCCAUCUUGGACAGCACAAUGCUCAACUCACACUUGCUUGCUGGCAAUCAAGAGCUCUUUUCAGAUAUUAAUGAAGGAUCUGGUAUAAACUCUUGUUUUUCAGUGUUUGAAGUGCAAUGCAGUAAUUCUGUUUUACCAUUUUCUUUUGAAACACUCAACUUGGGAAAUGAAAAUACAGAUUCUAGUGCUAAUAUGCUUGGGAAAACACAAUCUAGAUUGCUAAUAUGGACCAAAAAUAGUGCCUUUGAAGAAAAUGAACACUGUUCUAAUCUUUCAACAAGAACUUGUAGUCCGUGGUCCCAUUCGGAAGAAACACGUUCAGACAACGAGACAUUGAGCAUUCAGUUUGAAGAAUCCACACAGUUUAAUGCAGAUGAUAUUAAUUACGUAGUUCCUAGAGUCUCCUCAAAUUAUGUAGAUGAAGAACUUCUAGAUUUUUUGCAAGAUGAAACUUGCCAGCAAAACAGUAGAACUUUAGGAGAAAUUCCAACGUUAGUUUUCAAAAAAAGAUCUAAACUAGAAUCUGUCUGUGGUAUUCAGCUAGAACAAAAAACAGAAAACAAAAACUUUGAAACUACACAAGUGUGUAGUGGAAGCAGUCCACAUGGAGAUGGCUACAGCUCAGGGGUUAUUAAAGACAUUUGGACAAAGAUGGCAGACAGGAGUUCUGUGGCUACAGUGGAGAUAGAAGGGAUUGAGGGUGAGUUGUUUUCUUCAGAUGUGAAUAACUACUGCUGCUGUUCAGACGCGGAGGCUAAGCUGGAGCCGCUGCAGGAGCCUAGCAGGGCAGUGCGGAGAUCAGAGUAUCGCCUCUGGGAGGGGGAGCGAGGGGACCUGGAGAAGAGGGCCUUUGUCUCUGGUGAGCUCUCCAAGGUGGAUGGUGGUGAUUACACCACGCCCUCGAAACCGUGGGAUGUGGCCCAGGAUGAAGAGAAUGCCUUCAUCCUUGGUGGGGUCUAUGGAGAACUCAAGACCUUCAGUAGUGAUGGGGAAUGGGCAGUCGUGCCACCCGGCCAUGCCAAAGGAAGCUUGCUACAGUGCGCAGCUUCCGAUGUUGUGACCAUAGCUGGGACCGACGUCUUUAUGACCCCGGGAAACAGCUUUGCCCCUGGUCACAGGCAGUUGUGGAAACCCUUCGUAUCAUUUGAACAAAACGAUCAGCUGAAGAGUGCGGAAAAUGGGUUAAAUAAAGGAUUUUCUUUUAUCUUCCAUGAAGACUUACUAGGAGCUUGUGGUAACUUUCAAGUUGAAGAUCCUGGACUUGAAUAUUCAUUCUCUUCCUUUGACUUAAGUAAUCCGUUUUCACAAGUUCUUCAUGUAGAAUGUUCAUUUGAACCUGAAGGGAUUACAUCUUUCAGCCCCACUUUUAAGCCCAAAUCAAUCCUCUGCUCUGACUCAGACAGUGAAGUGUUUCACCCUAGGAUAUGUGGUGUUGACAGGACCCAGUACAGAGCCAUCCGCAUCUCUCCCAGGACUCAUUUCCGCCCCAUCUCUGCAUCGGAACUGUCCCCAGGAGGAGGAAGCGAGUCAGAGUUCGAGUCUGAGAAAGAUGAAGCCAGUGUUCCCAUUCCUCCUCAGGUGGAUGUCUUUGAAGAUCCACAGGCAGAUCUCAAACCUCUGGAAGAAGAUGCAGAGAAAGAAGGCCAUUACUAUGGAAAAUCAGAGCUUGAGUCUGGGAAAUUCCUUCCCAGGUUAAAAAAGUCUGGAAUGGAAAAGAGUGCUCAGACAUCACUAGAUUCCCAGGAGGAGUCAACUGGGAUUCUACCAGCCGGAAAGCAGAAUCAGUGUUUGGAAUGUAGCAUGAGUGAAUCUCUGGAAAUAGAUUUAGAAAGCUCAGAAGCAAAUUGUAAAAUAAUGGCACAGUGUGAGGAAGAAAUUAAUAACUUUUGCAGUUGCAAAGCAGGUUGUCAGUUCCCUGCUUAUGAAGAUAAUUCAGUUUCUUCGGGACAGUUGGAAGAGAUUGGGAAGAAAGAAAAAGAGGAAAGAAGCAAGAGUCUGCGCCGUAUCACUACCAUGUUCCUUCGCUUCCUAUUUCCUGGAUUGAACACUGAUAUGCAAGAAAUGAGUAGAAGUCAAGAAAAGCAGACCUGGUGGGAAAAAGCCCUGUACUCUCCCCUUUUUCCUCCAUCAGAAUGUGAAGAAUGCUACACAAAUGCCAAGGGAGAGAAUGGCCUAGAAGACAUUAAAGAAAUACCCAGCAGUGAAGAACAUCUGUUAGAUUUUAAUAGGGUGUCUUCUGUCUAUGAAGCGCGGUGUGCCGGAGAGGGCGGUCCCGGGGUCCGGGCCAACGGCCUCUGCAGGAAGACGCGCUCCAGCGCCAGCUCUGAGCCUGGAGACUCAGGCUCUGAUGGCAGUGGCGAGUGGGGGGCCGCUCGCGAGGGGGCACUCUUCUCCCGGACGCACCUCUGACUCACAUUAGCGCCUAUGGCUCUCCACGCAGUGCCGUGGGAAGCUGCCCUUCGUGAGGCCCAUCCACCUGAAGCAGCAGCAUAGGUUUCCCGAGUAACUGAUUCCAACCCGUGACUUCUCCUCCUCCUCACUUGAGCAUUGAGGACCGUGGUCCUGUUGAAGAUUUCUUUCCCAGCUGUGCAUCCUUGGCUAUUGAGUAGACUAGAUGUGCUGUCCGAUCCAGAAUGGGUGUGCAUGUGCUCGUCCUCCAGGGGCCGCUGCCCUCGCCCCAUAGCCACAGGCCCCUCCCUUGCACUGUGAUGACAUCACUGUCACUCGUCAGCACUACUGUGCUGACUCCACUUCUGCUGUUCAGAGACUUUAGCUUCAGAGUGUUGAGCUGUGUCCUCUAAGCACUGGGAGAGCGCUCUCCCCACAGUGGGGCAUCCUCUCCGGGGUGGGAGAGUGCAAGGGACUCAUCCCGGCUCCGUCCAGGGGAUGCCGUGGACCUGGCAGGAAGAGUGCAAGGGUGUGCGUGCGUCGGGAGGCUCUCAGCACGCUGCGUCCUCCCGGGGUUUCUCCUGAAGUAGCAUGAGGGUACCAUGGGGUGUCUUGUGUUGCUAACCGAGCAUGCCAAGGUUUUGGGGCAUCCGAUGGGGUGCCUGCCCCUCUGCCCUGACUAGGAGGGUGUUGCCAUGUGUCUGCACCAAGACGCAGGCCCAGCUCUCUGAAGAGGGUGAGCCCAGUACAGAGCUGUGGUUGCUGGUUGUGGUUUUCCUGGUGACUGUUCAGUCCCCCAAACCUGAACUUGUGAGCAUUGGACAUGGAAUAGAGGCCCUGUCACCCCACGGGAACCUUCGACUGCCACAGCUCGCCACUCCCGUGGCGUGGCUUGGUGUGACAUGGCGUGGCAUGGCAUGUUGUGCUGUUGCUGCUCUCAUCCAUGUCUGAGAGGAUACGGCAAGUGGUUCCUCGUGCCGUGGGUGGGUGGCCAGAGUGCUGUCCACGUGCCCCAGCACUGCUGUUCUGGUCGGCACCAUGUGUCAUGGUUCCCUGGGGGAGCUGGUCUGUCUUUUCGUCUGUACCCUCUGAUCACUUUGGCUCUCCAGCCACGCAGUGGCAGGGUCAAGACAGGGAGCCGUAUCGGCAAAACUGAAACAUUUUAAGUUGUUCUUCAACCAACUCAUCCUGUUGCAGUCAGUUCCAUGUGGUGACCUCAGGAACAGGGAGAUGCCUGGCGUGGCCCAACAGCCUGGCCACUCCUCUGGCUGUGAAGAGCCUGGUUGGCCCCAAGGGUUUGUGUGUGUCGCCCUGUUCUUAGGUGACAGCACAGAAAAUGGCACAAAGGCUGUGGUCCUGGAGGUUCCGUGUCACCUUUCUCUCCCGCAGUAGUCCAGCGUGCUCGCUGGGCUCCGUCCCACCACCUGUUAGGGUACAUUUUUAUACAGCACAUCUUGGACACUUUACAGUGGGGUGUGUGGGUGUGUGUGUGUGUGUGUGUGUGUGCGCGCGCGUGCGUGCGCAUGGGUAAGGUUUUAUGUUGCUGUUAUUUAUUUACAGACAUCAGAUAAGUUGUUACGUAUUUUUCUUUCUUCUGGAGCUUCCUAAAAACUGAUUAGCAUCUGCACUGAACUAUAAUAGCAAAGGCAAAAAAGAAGUGGAAGUUGUGAAUUCCUAAAGUCACUGAAGCGGCAGUUUCCCUAGAGUCGCUGCUCGAGUCGCAGAGACCAAAUGAGCAGGUUUGAGGUGCAGCCUUGGGCUGAGAGGCUGCCUCAGGCGGGCGCCAGCAGCCCUGGUGCAGAGAACACCUGCCCCAGUGGGGUGGAGUAGGGAUGGCCACGGAAUGGCGAAUUCUGUGUUGAUUGGUUUUCAUGAUUAAGUGGCUAAAGCUGAGAGACUUUCGGCAGCAGCUGGAAGUGUGGUGUUUAGUUUUUGUGAAUGGUGGCAGGCGCCGAGGCGCACUGUGGUAUGAAGCGCAUUGCACAGCCAUAGCACUGAAGUAUCAGUUUCCGUUCCUGGGCUGAGAUUUCUUUCCCGUGGUUGUAUUGUUCUGAUUUCACGUACACCAGAAUAACAGGUUUUUGUUUUCUUGUGGAGUUAACACCAAAUAAAAAUAAAAAUGAAGCA